AUGGCCCCCAAAUUCAAGGACGGAGAUACCGUCGUGUCUAUUAAUGGCAAAUGGGUGUCUUGGGCGCAUACUGUAGCCGCCUACACUGCUUUCCUCGGAGCAUUGAUCGUUGGUAUCCGGCUUCACUACCACAAGAUUGUCCAAAAUGAAUAUUACGGCUACCCACAAGAAUGGUUCCCUUCAGUCUCGGCAACAAUUGGCGAUCGCUACCCGGAACGCUCCGUCUUCCAGCUGUUUAUUGCUAUCACAUCAGGCCCACGAUUCGCCCUCGUAUUCCUCUGGUACAUCCUCACUGCUCGCCCCAAUUCUUCGCUGCCGAAAUUCGUCGCUGGGGUAGGGCUGUUCCGGACGUUGACUUGCGGUGGCUGGACAUAUAUCACUUCAACAGAUGAUCAUGAUUGGCAUGAUAUAUUCAUGAUCUCAUAUCUGGUUGCUACACUGCCCUGGACGUUGGGGUGUCUUGCCUUAAGCCCCAAUAACCACCAGGCAGUGAAGUAUCGGAAGAUUCUUGCAGGCGUCUUUUUCGGCACACUUGUACCAUUGAUAUACUACUUCAUUCAGCACAAGGUUCACAAGGUCCCUGGUGCCUACACGAAAUAUGCCUUCUUUGAAUGGGCACUUGUCUUAUUUGAUGUAGGAUUCGACGCAGUUACUGUCCUUGACUUCGGGGCAUUCGAAAUCGUGGUCAGAGACGUGAAGGGUGUCAGCAGAGGAAGAUCAAAGACCGCUGGAGACGCUGUUCUUGAAACCCAAAAGGAUAAACCUGUUGGCCGUACUUUUGGUGAGGGAUUUUUCUGGGCAGAAGCGCUUGACGCGGCUGCUGAUGUGUACAACGGCUUCGUCUUCUGGUCCAUUCUAACAUCUCUUGGUGUUUUGGUGUGGUACUUCCCACUGUGGCAUAUGGGCAUAUCGGGCUAUGAAGUCCUUGUGAUGGUCUCAGUGUCUCCCUUCCUCCUAUCCAUUCCAGGACUCCGAUCUUUCGCCGUACGCAAUGUUCGUAUCAUCCAUCUCCUCUCUCUCAGCGGCCUCCUCGCCUACCUCAUCCAACGUCCCGAGUACCGUCUUUUCACAGUUGGAUUUUCAGUAGCUAUGAGCUGCCUGGCGUGGCCGACGACGUGGUACGGCGAACGGGGCCAACCUGCGCGUCUCGAGGCUCGGAUACUAGCAUGGGGUUUAGGCCUCCUCGCGUCAAGCGUGGCCAAGUUUGGGGCACACACCAAUAAUCCAAUUUGGCCAAUUAUGCACCCAGGAAACGGCGGAUGGAACAAAACUGCCUUCGUCCUUGCUGUGUUCUCCGUUCUCCGUUCAACACGAAGGGUCACCACAAGCGGCGACUACUUCCCCACCACUGGUAAAAAGAAGGGAUCUUCUCUGCUUGCCGCUGCGGGCCUUGGCGGCUUGUUCUUCGCUAUGCAUUCCCUUUUGUCGGACUCGAGCACUAUGAUUCUCUGGGUCUGGGAAGGUUUUCCCAUUCGAGGACCUAUCUCAGUCCCACACGGAGCAUAUACAAUCAUCGCGAUGGGUGCGGGUUCGGUGCUCGGAGUCUUUUAUCCUCGCCUGUCAGGCUCAUGGACGGCGUUUGGCAUUGGUUCCAUUGGGGCGGCUGUGCUCACCUCCUACAGCCAUUGGUUCGGCUACUACGGCGCUCUAAUACUUGCUAUCUAUGUGAUGGCCGUUUCACCUGUACUCGUCACCUCCGCUGUUCGCCAUUCUCCUGCCACGACCUUCGGUCUUGGCUUCCUUAUAUACAACUUCAUGGUGCUGUUCCAUGUUUGGGUCGUUGCAUACGCUUUCGUUCCCGGCGGUCCACUUGUGAGAGAGCAUACCGACUGGGUCAUGCUGACCACAAUGCUUCUCAUUGGUGCUGGUGUAUGCUCCGCAGCCAUUUCGAAUUCCCAGUCUACUUCAGUGAGAGGGAAGAGGUCUAUCUCGAGUAACGGAAAGGCGCGAUCUUAUUACGUUUAUGUCCUCACCGUUCUCCAACUGCUAUCAAUCUCCAUAGGAUAUCUUCGAUUCCCCACCAACGAUUACACCCCUUACCAUAAGGACGAAAAAUUGGUCACCGCUGGUAUCUGGACUGUGCAUUUCUCUCUUGACAAUGACAUGUGGUCUUCAGAGAGACGCAUGCGGGACGCUAUCAAGGACCUUGAGCUUGAUGUUGUCGGCCUUCUAGAGUCUGAUCUCCAGAGAAUCAUCAUGGGUAACCGCGACACCACCCAAUUCCUCGCGGAGGAUCUGGGAAUGUACGUGGACUAUGGCCCAGGACCCAACAAACAUACGUGGGGCUGCGCUCUGCUCUCCAAGUUCCCCAUUCUCAACUCAACACACCAUCUCCUCCCGUCUCCAGUUGGUGAGCUAGCACCAGCUAUCCACGCUACCUUAGAUAUGUAUGGUGAACAUGUGGAUGUCGUUGUCUUCCACUCGGGCCAGGAAGAAGAUCCAGAAGACCGCCGGCUACAGAGCGAGUACCUUUCGAAACUAAUGGCGGAGUCCACGCACCCCUUAAUUCUCCUUAGUUACCUCGUCACGAAGCCUCUUGAGGGUAACUACAACACGUAUGUUAGCGAAGCGAAUGGGAUGAAAGAUAUCGACCCAAGCGAUUGGGAUCGGUGGUGCGAGUAUAUUCUGUACAAGGGAAUCAAAAGAACUGGCUAUGCGAGAGUGAGUCGGGGAACUAUCACAGAUACGGAACUCCAGGUUGGUAAAUUCAUCGUUGGUCAACCGGAAGAUACAUCCAAUGUCCGCAUUUCGGAAGAACAUGUACCUCCCGCGCUGCGAUUCCCAGCUCUCUUCCGGGGCCAAGGCGUCCGUGGCCAUAGGUAUCAUGUAUUUGACGAGCCGCGCUACUUUGCUUAA